GCGGUGGUGCGGGAGAUGGGGGGUUAGAUUUGGUAGAAUUGCGUGACUCGCGUCAUUGCGCUGGAGUUUGGGGUUGGGUUGAAUUCAGCGGUUAGAGUGGAUUGGCUGGGUUGGGAUAUCAGGGCAACCUACCCAGAGAGCGGAGUAAUACUUGAUACCGUAGGAAUCGGGAUAUGGACGCAAGGUCCGUACACGGAUUGUUGUGGCGCUCUGGUUGAUUCGGGUUUUUGGGUGAUCUGAGUGCUCGAACUACUUAGGGUGAUAGCCGCAAGACAGCGAAUUGAAUCACAAGCAACAGUCCACGGCUAGGCCAAUCCACAGUUGAAAUGCAGCGAAUAUUCCGACUAACAUACUCAAGUAAACCAUACGCCAUCUUCAUAUCGAGCAUCAUCAUCCAUGGUCAUCACUCUUCAUCCCCUCCUCCCGACUCAUACCCACCACACUCACAUACUUGCUAUCCGCCGGCGUCGCUGCCAUCCCCUCGAACACCUCCUCUUCCUUCCCUACCUCCUCCUUUUCUCCCAACAACAUCCGCGCCUCCACCAUCCCCUCCAACCGCCUUAACGCCUCCCGUGGCCCCUCCCCCUCCACAUCUUCCCACUCCACCACCUCCCCGACACUACUCCCAUCCGCGCUCCCACCACUCACGCACCGACUCGGCGCAUCCGACGCGGCCGACGACGACGCGAAGUCCGACUCGACUGCUGUCACGCCAGAUAAGCUUACUCGGUACCGCGCGCGGUGGCCAGGGUCGAGGCCGGGGAUCAGCCCGCGGUCGGGGACACUGCCGAGGCUCCAGCGCUGGCUAGGGUUGGUCAUGGUGCUGCGGCGCCGGAGGUUGCGGUCCAUGGCGGAUUGCGGGGCGGG